AUGAUGGCAAAGUGUCUUGGAAAUGAAGCGGUGCAGAUCCCGCUGCGGUACGAGGAAAUCUUCCUACGGAAGUUCCUGGACGAACGCCACGUCCAGUACUACAACGAACUGGUAGCGAAGCAUGGAUACGGUGCUCCAGUCGUGCAUGUACAGGGCAACCAGGCUGUCGGGCUCUCAAGUGGAGUGUGA